AUGCAUCCUCUUUCAUUAAAAGGACAUGAUAGAGCUUUAACAAGAGUUCGAAUAAAUCGAGACGGUGAUUUAUUGUUUUCGUCUGGUAAAGAUAAAAGUUCAAGUGUUUGGUAUAUGGAAAAUGGUGAAAGAAUUGGAACUUAUGAUGGUCACAAUGGUGUCAUAUGGGAUUUAGAUGUUUCAUGGGAUACAAAACAUCUUUGUUCAGCUUCUGGUGAUGAUUCUAUUAAGUUAUGGGAUUGCGAAACGGGUCAUAUCAUUAGUUCUCUUUCAACAUUAACUGGUGCUCGUUCAAUAAGUAUGUCAUACAGUGGAAAUAUAAUUGGUUUUACGACAAUUAAAAUGACUCAGAAUCAGGCUUCACUGUGCGUAAUUGAUAUUCGUGAUGGAUCACAAAUGACUGGAGAAACUUCCCCAUUACUUCGAGAACUUCUUCAGAUUCAGGCAAAUUCCUGUGUUUGGACUCACUUAGACGACACAAUUUGCACUGGUAAUGAAAAAGGUCAUAUACAUCAAUUUGAUUUGCGUGAGCGAAAAAUGUCAAAUUUUAAUGAUCAGUCCCAUAAAUUCCAAAUUAAUGAUAUGCAGAUGUGUGAAGAGCAAGGUUUCUUGAUAACUGCAUCGAAGGAUAAGACAGCUCGUUUAUUUGAUGCGUACACUUUAGAUUGUCUCAAGAUAUACAAGUCAGAGCGACCUGUGAAUUCAGCAGCGAUAUCGCCAAUUCGCGAACAUAUUAUUUUAGGUGGUGGUGAGGAGGCGAUGAAAGUAACUCAAACGGUUCUUUCAUCGGGCCAUUUCGAAGCGAAAUUAUACCAUAUGGUAUUCGAGGAGGAGUUCGCUCGUUUCAAAGGACAUUUUGGUCCUAUCAACACGUUGGCUUUUCAUCCAAACGGUACUGCAGUUGUAACUGGUGGUGAAGAUGGUUACAUUAGGAUUCAAGAAUUUGAUCCUGAUUAUCUUAAUUUUGAUUAUGAAUUCUGA